AUGCCCUUUUCCGACUUUGUCUUAGCGCUGAAGGACAAUCCCUACUUCGGGGCUGGCUUUGGCCUGGUAGGGGUGGGCACGGCUCUGGCUUUGGCCCGGAAGGGGGCCCAGUUUGGAGCGGUUGCUUUUCGCCGACACUACAUGAUCACCUUGGAGGUGCCCAGCAAGGACAAGAGCUACCAGUGGCUGCUGAGUUGGAUCUCGCACUAUGCCAAGCACACUCAGCACCUGAGCGUGGAGACCUCGUACCUGCAACAUGAGAGCGGGCGCAUCAGCACCAAGUUCGACUUUAUCCCCAGCCCUGGGAACCACUUCAUCUGGUAUCGGAGGAAGUGGAUCCGCAUCGAGCGGAACCGAGAGAAGCAAAUGAUCGACCUGCACACGGGGACCCCCUGGGAGUCAGUGACGUUCACAGCCCUGGGCACCAAGCGGGAGAUCUUCUUCAGCAUCCUCCAGGAAGCCAGGGAACUGGCUCUGAGGCAGCAGGAGGGGAAGACAGUCAUGUACACGGCCAUGGGUGCCGAAUGGCGGCCGUUUGGUUUCCCGCGCCGCCGUCGGCCGCUCGCCUCCGUGGUGCUGGAGAAGGGGAUCUCGGAGAAGAUCGUGCAGGACGUAAAGGAGUUCAUCGAGAACCCCAAGUGGUACAGUGAGAGAGGAAUCCCGUACAGGAGGGGCUAUUUGCUUUACGGGCCACCGGGCUGUGGGAAAAGCAGCUUCAUCACGGCCCUGGCCGGGGAGCUGGAGUACGGCAUCUGCCUGCUGAGCCUGAGCGACCGCAGCCUCUCCGAUGACCGCCUCAACCACCUCCUCAGCGUAGCGCCGCAGCAGAGCAUCAUCCUCCUGGAGGACGUGGACGCGGCCUUCGUCAGCCGGGACCUCGCUGUGGAGAACCCAACUGCCUACCAGGGCAUGGGACGGCUGACCUUCAGCGGCCUCCUCAACGCGCUGGAUGGCGUCGCCUCCACGGAGGCCAGGAUCGUCUUCAUGACCACCAACCACGUGGACAGGUUGGACCCAGCCCUGGUACGCCCUGGCCGGGUGGAUCUGAAGCAGUACGUGGGACCCUGCUCCUGCUGGCAGAUUUCCCGCAUGUUUCAGCGCUUCUACCCAGACCAGCCGGCGGCUGCUGGGGACAAGUUUGCAGAGCAGGCACUGCGCGUCUCCGAGCAGAUCAGCGCUGCCCAGGUGCAGGGCCACUUCAUGCUGUAUAAAGCAGACCCAGCCGGGGCCAUUGAAAACGUGCAGUCGAUUUCCCUGUGACCGAGGGCGGGCGCCCUCAGAGGGGAGGGGCUUGCGGCGCCAUUCCUGGGAGUGACUCAUGGAGGACGUGAUAACCGUCAGGAUGCUGCUUUGUGACAGUCCCAGGGAGCCGAUCGCUCUUUGUUUCGCUA